GUUUGUUCUCCAUGUUAUGUCCGUUAUGUCCAUGUCCGCCAUUUUAGUUGAAUUAAUUGACUGACGAGUGAACAGAAUUGGCGUAAAUUUGCGCUAUUUUGUCGAAAUUUGAGUGCUUAGGUGAUUGGAGAGUGAAAGAUGUCGAUUGAAUAUUUGCAAGUAGCCGAAGAUGAAGGAGAGGAACCUAUCGAACUCCCCACUGAAGAUGAUGGUACACUUUUGUUAAGUACCUUAUCGGCCCAGUUUCCGGGUUCGUCUGGCUUAAAAUACAAAAAUCCGGAAACUAAAACUUUCAGAGGAGUUCGAUUAUCGGAAGGAAGACUACAUCCUCCACCUGAUGAUGGAUGGGGUUCUCAUAUAUUUUACUGCGUUUUUCCGAAAGUUACUAUUUUAGAGAAUAAACGAAAGAGUGAUGAUAAUUUGGAGAAUUCAACUGCAAAGACAAAGCGUAUGGAGACAAAAUUGCGUUGUACUGAUUUGAUUGUACUUGGUUUACCUUGGAAGACAACUGAGCAGAAUUUGAGAGAGUAUUUUGAAACAUUUGGUGAGGUGCUAAUGGCGCAAGUUAAGAAAGACCCAAAGACAGGACAAUCCAAAGGAUUUGGAUUUAUCAGGUUUGCAUCGUAUGAAUCUCAGAUGAGAGUUUUAGCGCAGAGGCAUAUGAUUGAUGGAAGGUGGUGUGAUGUGAAAGUUCCCAAUUCGAAAGAAGGACUGAUUCAACAAGUGCCAUGCAAAGUUUUUAUUGGAAGGUGUACCGAGGACUUGACAGCUGAUGAUCUGAGAGACUAUUUUGGCAAGUUUGGCGAAGUUACUGAUGUUUUUAUACCGAAACCUUUUCGAGCUUUUAGUUUUGUAACAUUUUUGGACCCUGAAGUUGCUCAGUCACUCUGUGGUGAAGAUCAUAUUAUAAAAGGUGUUUCGGUGCAUGUGUCGAAUGCUGCUCCGAAAUCCGAUACCCGAGGUGGCAACUAUCGUGGCGAUAGAAACAAUGGUUUACAGAAUCGAGGGGGCGGCGUUGGUCCUGGAGGCCCUGACGGUCCUGGAAUGUACAAUCAACGAUAUAACGGCGCAGGUCCCAAUCAAGGCAAUUGGGGAAAUCAAGGCGGUCCUCGUGGCAAUAUUGAUAUGCCAAACUUACAAGCUUUGGGAAUAACUGGGCAAGGUCAGCAAGGUAAUAACCAAGGCAACUGCAAUCCACUGGGUAUGGGUUUAAAUGCUUUGGGAGCACUGCCGAUGAAUCCUGCUAUUGUUGCUGCAGCUUUGAAUCAAGCUGGAUGGGGUUUGAUUGGAAAUCUACAAAACCAGCCGGAGCCGAACUUCAAUCAGGGAUUUAACAAUGGACCUAACGCGGGUAAUCAGAAUAACCAGAAUGGCGGUGGGAGAGUUGGAAACAACCCAGGUUUUUUAAAUUGGAUGAACCCAGGGGGUGGGAACCAAAAUAAUCCGGAUGGAAGUCAGUGGAACAGACAGCCACAGCAAAACCAGGAAAAAGGAUUUUUGAAAUACGAAUAACUGGUCUCUGUUUUUAGAGCAUUAAGUCACUUCUACGUAGAAGAUCUAUAUAGUCGAAAUAAUUUUAUUAAGUUAAAUAUGCAUUAUUAUAUAUUAUUUUAAGGAAAAACUGACAAAACCUCUAAAACCAUUAUUGUUAUUGACUGUUUUUUUUAUACAAGCAAAUUGAAACAGAUUGGGUAAUUGGGUAAAUGUGGAGUGAAAGUGCAAUUUUUAGAGGUCUUGUUUACUGAAUUAUGUAUUAAGCAAUUGUGUGUUUUGAGCAUUAAAACUUUAUAGCAUGAAAAAUGGAUUGUGUGUGCAUAUGUAAAAUUUCAAUGGAUGUUCGAACAGGAGAGUUAGUUUUUGUACAAUAACAUUGUUUAAUGUUUUAUCAAAUGUUGUAGAAACCAUGCCUUAUCAAUAUACAGAGAAAUUAAA